CUGGGAUGCAGACCGGCGAGUGCCUAUAGAUCUAAGUCACGGCCUCUAGGCCCACCGGCAGUUCGCACAGAUCGCUGGCGUAACCGUGCCAGCUCGAAUUCAGACAGCUCGUUGCUCUGCACACCGCACACCGAGCCUGCAGGCUGUGGGCAGCAGCAAUAGGACAUGGGCAGAUACGGCGGCGCCUUCGCCGGCCGCGUCGACGACGCCGCGGACACGUCGGCCGAGGCAAAAGAGCAACGCGUCCGCGCCCUGUUCCCGGCAAACGCCCUGCCCGCGACGACGCUCAUCGUGCCGGAGACGCAAACACGGGACCGCUGCCGCUUCAGCUUCUCGCGGACCACCGGUGACCUGGAGUUUGCCGAGGACGGCAUUGUAGGACCGGUCUCCGAGAACGGCCACCGCCUCGCCUCGGAACGCGUCUCAAGUGUACUGAACGCCGUCGUCAGGGAACUGACGCCGACCCUCUCGACAAAUCUGCGGGCGGCCCACGUCCACGCGCCGCGCUGCGGCUCGGAGCCCGUCGUCGCGCUCGUGUACGAAGGCGCCUCAAAUGACGAGGCAGCCUGGCGCGUUGAUGCGGAGGAGCUGCGUUCCACGGUCCAAUGCAGCCUCGUCGGCCGCUUCAAGGGCCAAGCAUUAAUCUGUGGGAACGACUUCGCGCGCGAAUUAUUAACUCUGGACGACGGCCGGGCGCUCGAGUACGAGUUCCCCGAGGGCUCGUUCUGCCAUCCCAACGGCUCGGCGAACGAGCGGAGCGAGAGCUGGCUCUGUGGUAGAGCAUUAUCAAUUGGAGGGAACCUGCUCGAGCUCUACUGCGGGGCCGGCACGCACACGUGCGCCCUAUCCAAGUACUUUGAGAGGGUCGUUGCGGUGGAAGUGGACGCGAAGCUCGUGGAGGCAGCUCAACGCAACCUGGCGGCGAAUCAGUGUGCGAACGCGACGGUCGUCGUGGACAGCGUCGGCAAGCGGCGCGGGCGCCUGCAUUCGGUGCUGAGGAAGCGUGCAUGGGACGACGUGCGGUUUGACUGCAUUUUGGUCGACCCGCCGCGGCGCGGGUUAGAUGAUGCGACGCUCGGGGCGCUCGCCGGCUUUGCGCACGUGCUCGUCGUGGCGUGCAACCCCGAGAAACUAGCAAGGGACUGCGACGUGUUGCUGCGGACGCACGCCGUCGCGGCGUUCGCCGUCGUCGACGGCUUCCCGGGAACGCCGCACGUCGAGUGCCUGGCGCACUUCGUCCGGCGCGACGACGGCGACGCCUCGGCGGCCUAG